ACCCCGUUCCAACAGUCUGUCGUUCAGAACUUAAAUCCUCGUCUCCUCAGAGAGCGGUUCUUGAUCAAAUUUAAAGAAGGACAAGCUAAAGAUGAUAACGAGUACAAUGCCAAAACUGAGUCUUUACGUUUAAGAGUGGCCAACAAGUUGGCAAAGGUUUUUGAAAUUGAUGAUAACGACCACUUCUACGACAACUUUAGUGCUUGGUUGGUAAAUGACGUAUUAUUGCAGGGACAUCUUUACUUGACCAGAGAAUCUGUGUUAUUUUUUGCAUUCUUACCCAAGAGAUAUUCCAUGAACUUGAACCAAAAAACAGGUGGUUCUUAUACUACCAAUGAUGACUCCAACUUAACGAUUCAAUCGGGCUCCUUGGGCCUCAAAACUGCGAAGUAUGGCGAAACAAUCUUUUCCUCAGUUCUCACUCAUAGAUACUGGGCUAUUUUACGACCUCAGACCCUCAGUAUCUAUAGUUCGUCGACUGAACUUCAUUUCCCCAGAAUUGUUAUUGAUUUAAAAUCUUGUAUAAGGGCAGAGGUGGUCGAAAAGGAAAAGGAACCAACUCAAAGAAAUACCUUGACUCGCCGUAACUCAAUUGAAGGUGGUUCUACUCCUAGGGUCAUGACUCGUUCCAUUUCACCAAGGAUAGCAAGCCCGAAUGGGACUGAUCUAAACCUAUCUGCAGAUGAUGAAACUUAUUUUUCAAAUAUGUUGAGUGGUGAAGCAAUGGAACCUACAGAGGAUAAUAUCGAAAGCUCUUCAGGAGUUUGGUUCAAAUUGGUUACAAAGAGUAAGACCUAUAGAUUUCAUACUGAUAAUUUGUACCUUGCUCGACAAUGGUGCCACAAUCUCACCAAGAUUAUCUUUCAAUUGAAUAACUCUAAUGCUGGAAACGAAGUUUUAAUCAAAAUCCCCAUUGAAAAUGUCAUCAACUUUAACAGAAUGUCAUUAUUAAGCGCAGAUGAACUGCCUAAAGAUCAACCUGAUGAAGAAGAUUUGCCUAUGAGUUUUAGAAUGCACUUCCUAAAGAAUCAUGGGAAUUAUGAGGAGUCUGUUUACGAUUCAAAAAAGAGCAAGAAAAAGCUAACUCAAGGUGCAAGUAUUGGAAUGGAAGCGAUGUACUUCAUUUUCUUUGACAGAGGUGAAGAGUUUUAUUCCAAGUUUACUACAUUAAUCGAAGAACAUCAAGAAAGAUCAAAGAAUAAAAGCGAAACUUCACUGAUUUCAAAGUCUCUGAUCUCAAAAUCUCUGAGAUUCAAAGAUAUGGCCAAAAAGAUGGUCAGAAAAGAUUCAAGAGAUUCCAGAAUCCGUGAAUAUCCCAAGAGUAUUUCUACAUUGCGGUCAUCGAGUUCAAGUGGGUCAAUCAUUGAUCAAUUUGCACCUUUGAACACUCAUCUUAAACACCCAUACGACUUGCCAGAAGAAGAUGAUAAUGACCAAUCUUCAUCCACACUUAAACUCAAGAAUGUCAAUUUCCCAAGACCAAUGUCGGUAUCAGGGUUGAAGAACCUCAAGAUGACAUUUGAAACCUCUCAAAAAGAUUUUGAAGUUGCAGAGUCUAGAUAUGAAGCGAUUAAGGAUACAGGUACCAAAGCCAAGGAGCAAGUAUUACCUGGUCCAUUGAACUUGACUGAUCCAUCAGAAUAUACUGAGGAAGAUCCCAAACAAACAAAAUUACAAUCCAUGAAAAAGAGUAUCAAGGCAUUUUCCAAUGUUAGUAAUAUGUGGUCGUCAAACCCAAGUCAUUACCAAGCAAUUGAUCCAAAUGAUCCCUUCUACGUAAAAGAAGAGAACACGCGUGAAGUGUCACAGCAACAUUUUGAAAAGCACUUCUCCUUGGGGCCUGAGGUAUUAUUACGGGCCAGUUAUUAUUGUCAUUUACAAAAGUCUAUCCCUGUUUACGGUAAGUUGUAUCUUAGUACAGAAUAUCUUUGCUUUAGAAGUUUGCUUCCUGGUGUAUCUACCAAGAUGAUUCUACCAUUGAACCAUAUAGAGAACUGUCUGAAGGAGAAGGGAUUGAAAUUGACAUAUUCGGGAUUAGUGCUUACUAUUAACAACUAUGAUGAAUUAAUAUUAGAAUUUAGCUCUCAUCUGUCCAGAGACGAUUGUGAGAAUAUGAUUUUCAGCCAAUUGAUAUUAAUUCAUGAUGGAGAUAACUUCUCGCCAAGUCCACAUGAGUGGGGAAAGAAUUAUGAUUUGGAAUUGUCCAAGAAGAGACAAGCCGUGUUGACCUCUGAAACCAGGGGAGCGUUCAGUAAUGAUACGAACAAGACAUUGGCAGCUCUCAAGAUUGAUAAUGCUAGAUUGAAAAUGUUUGAGGAAAAGAUCAAUGCAGCAUCAGGGUUGGACAUACCAAUCAUUUUGGAGGAUUCUCCAUUUUACAAAACGGAAAUUAGGCCGUCUACUUCUUUCCAUUUUGUGCUUUUGACGAUUGGGUCUCGGGGUGAUGUGCAGCCCUAUAUUGCCUUGGGCAAAGGGUUGAUUAACGAGGGACACACCGUCACCAUUGCUACUCACAAGGAAUUUGAAGAUUGGAUCCUCAAACACGGAAUGAAGUUCAAGGAAAUUGCCGGUGACCCUGGAGCGUUGAUGUCGUUAAUGGUAACUCAUGGGUCGAUGUCUGUGGCAUUUUUGAAAGAAGCCAGUGCCAAGUUCCGAGGCUGGAUUAGCCAAUUGUUGAGGUCCAGCUGGGAAGCUUGUCAAGGAGCGGAUAUCUUGAUAGAAAGUCCAUCCGCGAUGGGGGGUGUUCAUAUUGCCGAGGCCUUGGGCAUUCCGUACAUGCGGGCAUUUACCAUGCCAUGGACCCGAACCAGAGCGUACCCCCAUGCUUUCAUUGUUCCUGAUCAAAAGAAAGGAGGCUCCUACAACUACUUGACCCAUGUGAUGUUCGAAACAGUUUUCUGGAAGGGAAUUUCCAGUCAAAUCAAUAACUGGAGAGUACGAGAGCUCGAUUUGCCCAGGACCAAUUUGUACCGGUUACAGCAGUCCAAGAUCCCAUUCUUGUAUAACGUUUCGCCCACGAUCUUUCCACCGUCGGUGGAUUUUCCUGACUGGAUCAGAGUCACAGGCUACUGGUUUUUGGAUGAGGGUGCAGGCGAAGACUACGACCCUCCCAAGGAGUUGGUCGAGUUUCUCGACAGUGCUCGUAAAGAGCAGAAGAAGAUCAUCUACAUUGGCUUCGGAUCAAUUGUGGUCAACGACGCUAAAAGCUUGACCAAAGCCAUCGCAGAGGCAGUGGUGGAUGCAGAUGUGCGCUGUAUCUUGAACAAAGGCUGGUCGGACCGCAUGAGCAAGAAGGACGACUCCGAGCCCGAAAUCGAGCUUCCUGCUGAGAUCUACAACUCGGGAGCGGUUCCCCACGACUGGCUCUUCGCUCGUAUCGACGCAGCCAUCCACCAUGGAGGCUCUGGAACCACGGGAGCCACCUUACGAGCCGGAUUGCCCACGGUUAUCAAGCCGUUUUUCGGGGACCAGUUCUUCUAUGCCUCGCGGAUCGAAGAGGUGGGAGUCGGAGUGGCUCUUCGCAAGCUCAAUGCCAAGUCACUCGGUAAGGCGAUUCACACCGUCACCACCGACUUGAAGAUGAUCGAAAAGUCCAAGAAGCUCAGCGAACGAAUCAACCAGGAGAACGGGGUGCUCACGGCAGUAGAGACCAUCUACUCGGAAUUGGAGUACGCUCGUCACCUUAUUAUGAGCAAGCAGAAGUACAACGAGCACUACAAGCAGCACCACCCAGACUUUGGGUCCCUGGGCAUCCAGACCCCGGUUGUACCGGAGGAAUCGGAGAGCAGCGAGGAGGACGAAGACGAGGAGGACGAAGACGAGGAAGACGAAGACGAGGAGGAGGACUCCGACGAAAAUUAG